CAUUCGUUCAUCCAUUCAAGCGUCCUAUUUUGUUUUUGUACGAAGGAAAUCACCCUUUAAAUCCUCCAGCGAGCAUGUCGUCGAAGUACGUUAAAAAAGAAGCAUUGGAUCAAUCUAGCUUCCUGGACAUGGAGUCCAUCGAUCCGGAUGAGUCCGACUACUGGCUAGCGAAAGAGUCCUUUGAAGCUCCCCCACGAUGGACCAAGGGUCUGACCCAAGAUGACAUGAAUGCUAUAUACCAAAUGGGAGCACUUUCAACCAACGGACUGCUAGCGGAAAUAAAGAAGAUAUUCGAUCAGUCGUAUCAGCUAGGUCUACAAGAAGCAACAGAGGUGACUAAGGGCAAAAACCUCAACAUACUGCUACCUCCAACCAAACGGAAGUGAUUUUUUUACGAUCUUCUGAUAUAUUUUUUAACAAGGUGUCGCUUCACUCCGGUGCCUCCCGCCGAGUGAUAAAAGUCACGCUUAGUUCGGAUUUAUGCAAUAAUAAACAUAUUUCAUAGGCUGAAUAGCAAACCAUAAUGGUUCAA